AUGAAGUUCUCCCACAGCAUCCAGUUCAAUGCCGUGCCGGACUGGUCGUCCAACUACAUCUCGUACUCGAACCUCAAGAAGCUCAUCUACCAGCUUGAGAAGCAGAUCAACCAGCAGAAUGGAAAGCCUGCCUCGAGCAGCCAGGACCCCGAAGCCUCCCCACUGCUCGUCACAAGCUCUGUCGACGAUUGGGACAAGGUUUUCUCGAGAAAACUCGAUGAUGAGCUGGAGAAGAUCUGCACUUUCUACCAGCUAAAGGAACUCGAGAUCUUUGGCGAAGUCGAUGCUCUGCUGCGCGACGUUGAAGAGUUCGAGGCCGAGCAUGCAGCAGGUGAGGAUGGGGAAGAUGGUGCGCGACGGCAGAGUGUCUGGGCCAGAGCCAGGCAGCAGAGCAUAUUCCGCACCUUCACCCAGCCCAAGAGGAGGAAGAGCUCUACGACCGGCAGCGGCAGCAGAAGGCCGAAUCUAGAGGAAGAAGACGAGAGCGAGGAUGAGGAUAACGAACAGACCGCGCUCACCAAGAGCCAGUCAACGCUGGAGAGACGGCCUACUGGUCGUGGCAAAGACUCAACGGUAGGCGAUCGCGCAGACGGCUUCGAUCUCAAUGCAGACUAUCGACGGCGGCCUAGCACCGCGUUCAAUGAUUUUGGCGAUGAUGCCCUACAAGCACUUUAUGACGAAGGCAUUACAUUGAAGAAGCGCAUCACGAACCUCUAUGUUAGCAUCUGCGAGCUACGAUCUUUCAUCCAACUUAACGAGACCGGCUUCAGCAAAGUUCUCAAGAAGUACGACAAGAUCUUGGACCGUAAUCUCAAGCGUCCAUACAUUGAUGCGAAUGUAAAGCCAGCAUAUCCUUUCCAGUCGAGUACAAUGGAACGGCUAGCAGAACAUCUUCUGAAGGUAGAGGAAUCAUACGCAAGUAUCGUCACCAAGGGCGAUGUAGACGCUGCACGACAGGAGCUUCGAUUGCACCUACGAGAGCAUGUGGUCUGGGAGCGGAACACUGUCUGGCGAGAAAUGAUCGGCAUCGAGCGCAAAGCUCAAGCUGCGAACUUGGGAAUCAGAAACACUAUGCUUGGUCAAGAUAACGACCCCACAAAGGCACGACUGCAGGGAGACCAUGAGGACGGCGCCCUUAAGGAAGUCAAUCUGCCAAUUGGCAAUUACAGAUGCCCGAAGUUCUUGAUCAGCGGGACAUUCUGGGUUCUGGUUGCGAUAGUCGCUAUAUUCGCCGUACUGCUUGCAGUCCCAAUCAUGGAAAGGCCAGAGCAGCAGAACUGUUUAGCUUUGGUCAUAUUCGUCAGUCUACUGUGGGCCACAGAGGCCAUACCCUUGUUCGUGACCUCGCUCCUGGUGCCUUUCCUCUGCGUCGUGCUGCAAGUCGUGCGCGAGGACAACAAGCCUCAUCGUCGCCUUACAAGUAAAGAAGCUGCUGGUUAUGUCUUUGCCUCAAUGUGGACCCCGGUGAUCAUGCUUCUUCUUGGUGGCUUCACGAUCGCUGCUGCCCUGAGCAAGUACAACAUUGCGAAAAUGAUGGCAACUUUUGUGCUGUCUAAGGCUGGCACGAAACCACGAACCGUUUUACUCACUAGCAUGGGUGUCGCGACCUUCGCCAGUAUGUGGAUCAGUAACGUUGCCGCACCCGUGUUGUGCUUCAGCAUCAUCCAGCCAAUUCUGCGAAAUCUGCCGUCAGACAGCGACAUGUCCAAGGCGCUAUUGCUCGGCAUAGCAUUGGCAUCAAACAUCGGCGGAGCGGCUUCACCGAUCGCGUCGCCGCAGAACCUCAUUGCGUUGGAGAACAUGGAGCCUCAGCCCGGAUGGGGGACAUGGUUCUUCAUUGCGCUACCGGUGUGCAUCAUCAGCAUUCUUAUGAUCUGGGUACUGCUACUGGUGACCUUCAGACCAGGCCGCAACACUACGAUCGUACCCAUCAGACCUAUGAAGGACAAGUUCACCGGCAUUCAGUGGUUCAUAUCAGUAGUCACGCUCGUUACUAUUGUGCUGUGGUGUGUCAGCCAUGAGCUGGAGGGCACAUUCGGGGACAUGGGAGUUGUUGCCAUCAUUCCGAUCGUCCUCUUCUUUGGCACUGGAAUUCUGACCAAAGAAGAUUUCAACAACUUCCUAUGGACGAUUAUCAUUCUCGCGGCUGGUGGACUAGCACUUGGCAAGGCUGUCAACAGCUCCGGACUGCUCCGGACUAUCGCGAUAGCCAUCACGAGCGAGGUCUCGAGCCUGUCGUUGUAUGGUGUCACCUGCGCUUUCGCUGCGCUGAUCGCAGUUGUUGCAACGUUCAUCAGUCAUACCGUGGCCGCCCUGAUCAUCCUACCGCUGGUCCGUGAGGUCGGAGCAGGUAUGGCUGAGCCGCAUCCUAACCUUCUUGUCAUGGCUUCCGUGCUGAUGGCUUCCGCUGCGAUGGGCUUGCCGACUAGCGGCUUCCCCAACAUGACUGCUAUCAUGAUGGAAGAUCCACAGACGGGCCAGAGAUACUUGCAAGUCUGGCACUUCUUGACGAGAGGUGUCCCUGCCAGCAUCAUGUCGUAUGGAGUUAUCAUAAGCGUUGGAUACGGACUAAUGGUCGCGGUGGGGUUUUGA